GGCACGUUUACCUGUCACGCCCUCUUGGUCUUCGACACAAGCUUAUCAACCACAAUGUACUUGGAACCACUGGACUUCACCAAAUGCAACAGAUCUGGAUCCCUUCCGGCGCCACCGGUCAGCUACAUGGUCCUCGACAAAACCUGGUCGACGCUAUCAGCAUCGGCAUCGAUGCCCGUGUCGACUACAAAAGAGCGGCCUUUGCCGGCGGCGCUGUGUGGGCUCGGCGGCUGUGUACCAACGCAGAACGCUAAUCCUUUCACUCUUGUCAUGCAGGUUAGUAAAACUUACAGUCUUUUCGCUAAGAAGUCUAGUAAUUACCUGCUGUUUCAGCUGCCGAGCCCACACUGCUGCGUUCUUGUUGCACUUGAGUGUUCUCGUGUGAUUCGUGCCUUGUUGAUGAUGUCGGGCGAUAUUGAAAGCAAUCCGGGUCCUACUUCUAAUGCUGUACUAACUGAACUGCAGAAAUUGUCUGCCGGUCAGACGGAAUUAAUCAGUCAGGUACAGGACCUUAAUUCUCAUUUGUUAUCAACAGAUAAAUCUAUAGCAGAUCUCAGUAGACGCAUGACUGAUCUAGAAGGGCACUGUCAAAAUAUUAUUUCCUUGCGUACUGAUGUGGAAGCGCUUAGAAGAGACACCGCUCGCGCGAGUGACCUUUUGCGCAAGCUUGAAGCGCGCGUGGAUGACGCCGAGAAUCAUUCUCGGCGCAAUAACCUCAUAUUUUAUGGCCUUCCUGAAUCAACUGGAUCGGAAGCAUUUGCCCAAGUUGAACAACUCGUCAUCAAGCACUGCCAUGAUCAUCUGGGUAUUUCCAUCGAUCCGAAAGAAAUUGAGCGCGCGCAUCGUCUGGGUCGCCGCAAGGAUACUAACCACCAUCGGCCCGUAAUAGUUAAAUUCGCAUUCCAUAAAACAAAAGGAGAGAUUCUUUCUAAUGGACGGAAAUUUAAAGGAACCACUUUUAGUGUUGGUGAAGACUUUUCACGUCGUGUACAAAACGUCCGUCGGCAAUUGAUUGCCUUUGCUAAAACCAAGUCGCUGCCUUUUUCCAUCACUUACAAAACACUGCUAAUGGGUCACAAGCGCUACGUCUACGACGAGCAAUCGCAGACUGUAAGGGAAGCAUCGUAG